AUGAAGCUCUCCCUCGCCGUCGCCCUACCCCUCGCCCUCGUCGCCGUCGCGGCUCCAACACCCCUCAAGCUCAAGCGCGAUGAUGGCGACUCUCCCUCUGCAGACGUGGCAUCCAAGAUCGCGUACGGUUCACUCAAGUCCGCCGCCCAGAUGAUGGACUUGUACAGUGUCGAAGAAGAUGACAAGGAUGAAGCCAAGGCUAGAGGAAACGCUAACACCAACGUCCCGGAUUAUGGCAACAAUAUGCCCAUUAACAUGACCCCCAACACGGUCGCGACGUUCCCCGGUGCCGACGGAAAGCCUGCGUCCGGUGCUGAGACGAAGGGCAAUCAGCAUUCGGCACCAACCGGGGCUGAAAAGGAACAUGCCGCUGCGUCCCCUUCGGUCUCUGCUGCGGCAACACCUUCGUCCGCGGGCCCAUCAUUUACUGCCGGAAAACCCAGUGCCGGAGAGGGCGAGCAUGUGGAAAACAAGCAGGAGCAGGGCUCUACGCCUGCUGCGUCACCGUCUCCCUCAGCCAGUGCACCCGCGGCACCCAAGAAGCAGAGCAUGCUCGAAAAUCUGCCGCUUGUUGGCGGUUUAGGCGGUAUAGUGGGUGGUCUUGUUGGAUUCGGACCUCUUCCCGUUCUUACCUGUCUUUGGGCCUGUUUGUUUACCUGCUGGCUUAGGUCGAUGGGAUUGUCCGUACUGGUACGCUGGCCGGUUAGCUAGUUAUGGUUGCCAUCACGGGUGUUAGGCAGAACCCAGUCGGUUAGUAGUCAGAGUACGAAUUUAUCAUGACUUGAUGUGUAU